UUGGUUGAGAUAGUGAUACAGUAUGGCACACUCCAUCCAUCUGUUCGUGACGUCAGAGUACCAGGGGGCUGGAACCUUAUUGGUGAUGUAUCGGUAACAAUAGAGGACAAGACACAGCCCUUUGUCUGAACCCCCAUGGGGCCUCCUUCGUGAAAGUGACAAAUUUAUUCUGGGCAAGUGACAGGUCAUCAUUGAAAUUGACAGGUACACACAGACAGAUUUUCAGAUUGUCAGAAGGAAGAUGGGGAUUCACGAUUUCUGGCGUAAACUAGGAAAGUCCUCCACAAAAGAUCGAAAGUUAGAUACGUUACACCACCGCCAUUGCGCCUCGUGCGAGAAAUACCGGACAUGGACAUCAAAAUCUAAAGCUCUAAACUUGCCUCUUUCUGACUUACGGAAGUGGAAACAACACUCGACGGAGUUCGAAGACAAGUGCCGCUGUGACACUGUUGACGCAUGGGUAACGACAGUAAACCGGUCACGUGAACGUGCUGAUAUUGUGGACAGAGUCCUACUGGACGACCGCUUCUUGACAUUUAGCUCCACCGAUCACGUGGAGGAAACGGAUACCGAGGAUGUCCUGGACGGAGAGAGUGACACCGGAAGUCACACCGGAAGUCUCCGGGAAUGGAACCACUGGCGGAAACAGACAAAUGACCAACUCGUGUCCAUGAUCCUACAGAGUAAAAGUAAAGACUCUCGACCCUGGGAUUACACACGUAAGGCAAUGGACAGUAACGUCAUGAAUGACGUCAUACAGCACGUGAUAGACAGUGGUGUUGCUUCUCCCGAACUGGAAGGAAAACCAUUCAUAAUGUAUGGAAUUCCAAGAGUUCGACUGGAAAAAAGAUGAAAUUCUUUGACAAUUUUGUUGAAAUUUCACCUUUUAAAAUGACAGCUGUAACUUGUCAGUGGAGUGUAAACAAGACCAGAAUUACCCCUGGCCUGACAGUGAGGUAAAACGUGUCGUAACCCACGAUUUGUCUGUGGAAGUACAACCUAGUUCGAACUUAUGGAUUUGAAAAUACUGUAGCAUGUUUGAGUGUUCAGUGAAUAGCGCAGGACUGUGAGGCUGAAUUAUAGGGAUAACUGUCAACCAUGGCUUUACAUCGAGUUUAGACUGGCCCUCUGUCUCUGAAAUAUUAAAAUUAUAAAUAAAAUUGAGCUUUAUGAUUUUGAUCCCUAGGAUAUGUCUGAUCCUAAGUUUCCAAC